GGCAAACGUGGCGUCAUUGGCGGUGAAGGGUGGAAGGUCGGGGAGCAGCUGGGUGGGUGUUGGCUGCCGCUGGCGGAGGAGCUGCGGGGACCGCGGCUGGGGAGCGCCCCGUAGGCAUGGAGUUGGAGAGGGCGCUGGAGGCCGUGAGGGGGCGCGGCGGGGCUGACGGCCUCGAGCAGGUCCUGGGCCAGUACAACGAGAAGAAUAGGGCCACUUUCAAAUUUGAUCCUGCAGAUGAGGAGAAAAGAAAGAAACUGUGUGAAGGAAUAUUAAACAUCCUUGAAAAAGACACCAAAACAUCAUGUCAAGUUGCCUGUCUCGAAGCCCUUCGGAUUCUCUCCAGAGAUAAGAAGGUUUUAGUGCCUGUGACAACAAAGGAAAACAUGCAGAUCCUGAUGAGGCUGGCAAAGCUGGACAUGACAGAAGACUCUUUGGAGGAUGUGUCCAGUUUCCCUGUUAUAGUGGAAGCUUUAAAAUGCCUCUGUAACAUAGUUUUUAAUAGUGCCAUUGCACAAAAGCUCAGUUUGGAACUGAACCUUGCAGCUAUGCUUUGCAAUCUACUGAAAAAAUGCAAGGACCAACAGUUUGUUGAUGACAUUAAAUGUUUUGAUUUGCGCCUUCUCUUCCUCCUGUCACUUCUGCACACAGAUAUUAGGUCGCAGUUGCAUCAUGAGCUGCAAGGGUUGCAGGUUUUGACACAAGCCUUGGAAAGUUCAUUUAGCAUUAGAUGGACAGACAAGUACAAAGCUGCUGAAGAGCAUGAUGGAUCUCCUUUAUCACUGCAAGAAACAGAUUGUGCCAUUGAGGCACUCAAAGCUCUCUUUAAUGUGACACUCGACAGUUGGAAUGUCCACAGUGAGAUGAGUUUAGACAAAACAGGUGGAGGACGACGUCCUUCAAACUUGGGAGACCCCGGGCUCAAGUUCCCCCUCCACCUGAGGAGGAAAAGGGAUUUGAACAGAGAUCUGCCACUUCUCAGUGACCUGAAACCCUCAUUUGCAAUCGUCAAAAUGAAAAAUAUCUUCAUAAUUUAUAUUUAUAUAGAAUGA